CUUCUCUUCCUUUUUUUGUCUGUUGUGUGUUUGUCUCUCCCUUCGCUCAAGAGCUGCUAAUACAUUUGGAUGAGACUAUCCCUCUCUGUUUCCACCGCAUUAGCACAUUCCUCUUUACCCUCAACUCCCCACUCUUCUCUCUUCUAAACACUUGCUUGUAAACAGCAGUGUGGUCAUAUGCAUCCGUUUGCCUACUCUAGAUCCGUAUAUCCUCAACAUCUCUCGAACACAAACACCUGUUUCUUUUAGACAAGUCCUUUGCAUCAACGACUUUCUUUUCCCAUUUGUCUUGUGCUCCUUUUUAUUUUAUUCAUCACUUAUUUUAGCAAAUGUCUGCAAUGUCGAUAUCCACUUCCACCAGCAUAUAUAGCCCGGCCGAAGCCGCCUUUAAAUACGAUCUAAUUCCCGCCUCUUCACUCCAAUUCCCUUUUAUAAAGCCAAAGUCAACCGCGGUCAACAACAGCUUGCUCUUAAAAGCAAUUAUUCAUCAGCGUCUCCAUAUGAGUCCUUCACACCACCGUCUCCCUCUUACAAACUCUCAUCUGGAUCAAUACUCUCUUCUUCACCAAAUCCAAGGCAAUUCACAUAAAAAGACACACUCAAGUCAGCUUGCCGGUACGCUGAAGGAUAUCAUGUCCAACCCAACUUUGAUAGAACCAUUGAAAAAGACAGCUGAUACAGCUAAGACAACCGCGACAGCAUGUCAGUCUUACGUCUACACGGCACCCUGCGAGCACCACCCUUCCAAAGGCCAGACGGACUACCUCGUCAACGACAUGUUCCCUAAACUCACACAUGAUUUGUCGACCAUUGAGUUUGGAAUUCGAAUUGCCGAUUUCAUGCCCCUAGCUUUUAAGACUGUUUCAAUCGCUGGCUUGGCAGAGAAAGAGCUUCAGCUCUUGCGCGAGCUCGGUAAUCUGCCCAAUGUGAUUCAGCUCCAGGACUCGUUCGUCAAUGACAAUGGUGAUACCGUCCUAGUUCUGCCAAUGCUUAAAAAAUUUGACUGCCAUGUUGUCAACAAGAGUUUGUGCUCUAUCCGUAAGGUGACUAAGCAGAUCCUUACUGGACUUGCAGCAAUUCACGCCAAGAAUAUUGUCCAUUUGGACAUCAAUCCUUCCAACCUUAUGCUCACUCAUGCAAAGAAGGAUGCUGUUAUUAUCGACUUUGGCCUCUCAAUGACAGUCAAAAGUUCCUGGAAGGAUUCUAAGGCUCAGAUUCCCGUCUGCGGCACCACUGGGUAUAUUGCUCCAGAGAUAUUGCAUCCUCAGUUUUAUGAAAGCCAUGACCCAGCUUUGGCUGAUCUUUACUCCUUCGGUAUCGUUCUUGGCCAAAUGCUCGAGCCAUACAUUCCUGAUUGUGACCUGCAUUACUUUGGAUCCAAAUAUCUUGCUGUUGAAAACACGAACCAAACAGUGGCCUACCUCAAGGAGUUCAUCGCUCAAGGGGCACAUUACCCAAGUGUGCUUGUGCAGGCUGCCGACCUGUUGCGAUGCAUGCUUGAGGAAAAUCCCAGGGAUCGCAAGUCUGCCCAAGAACUGCUAGACACACAUCCAUUUUUUACCUGCUCUAAUACUUCAAAUGUGACGUUGUUGCUGUGUGACUGGCUCUGCCGUAUCCAAGAGAUCAAAUACCAAAAGUUUUUGCUUCAAGAACAGAGAGGAUGCGAAAUCUAUCGUUACCGUUAGGUUUCUUUAUUCUAAUUUUAUGCUUUUUGCAUUUAUCCCUCUGUUAUCAUUGCUACUACCACUACUAUAUCCCAUUACUCCAUCCUGUAUAAUCAUUUCUUGUAUUAUAGCCUUUUAUUUUGUACGAUCAUCCAUAUUUUAGAACUAGCAUUUUUUUUCUCCCCUCUUUAUCUUGAUUGAAGUAUGCAGAUA